GUAACCAUUGUUACCGAGUGCCCACAGUCUCCAUAUUCCCACUCCACGGCCCCCUGGAACCCACAGACUCAGGACUGUUGCAGGGUGAGUGCUGCAGGAGCUGGGGGCCGUGGGGAAAGGGAUGGGGACAGGGACAGGGGCCAUGCCUGGUGGUCCUGUCCCCCUGUUAUUGAGGGUCUGUUGGCAGGACAAUGAAGAUCCUGACGUGCCCAGCCCAGCUGCAGCACCUGGAGGGGAUCCUGAGGAAGAGCCUCCCCCUUGCCCUGCCGGUCUUCGGGGCAGUGCUGAACAUCAACCGGGGCAACCCGGGCCACUUUGAGGUGCUGGUGGACAAGUGGCCCGAAUUUGGCGCCGUGCUGGCCCGGCCCAGUGGAGAGGUGCCGGUGAACGACGGCUACUGGAACACGCAGGCAGCGUUUUACCGGGACCUGGGGGCGUACCGGGCGCUGCUGGAGACCCCCGGGUGCCUGCGCUGGGACGCCGCCUUCACCCUCAUCGGGCUACAGGACGGAGUGACCACGGUGUCCCAGGACCUGGCAGGGAGGAAGGGCGUUGAGCUGGACAUUGUCGAGUACUACUCCUACUGGCACCCCGACCCCAGCACCAUGCCUGAGCCCCGGCUGGCCCCCGGGGUGCGCGUGGGCUCCCUGAGCCCCUCGCACGUGGACCUGCUCAACGACACGUGGCCCUACGGGGGGAACGCCCGCAGCCGGCGCUACCUGGCCGAGAUUUUGGGGCGCUUCCCACAAGUGUGCCUGCAGGACGGCGGCGGGCGGCCGCUCGCCUGGGUGCUGACCGACCAUUUCGGGACGGGCACCCACAGCUACACGCUGCCCGAGCAGCGGCGGCGCGGCCUCAUGCAGGUGGCCCUGACGGUGGCGGCGCAGCGGGCGCACGCCCGCGGAUUCCCCACCUUCGGGCACACGGCGCUCUGGAACCGGCCCAUGCAGCAGCUGCAGGAGCUGCUGGGCCACCAGCGCCUGCCCGGCGUCUGCCGCUACAUCCUGCACAACCCCGGCCUGGACAGGGAUGAGCCCUGAGGCCGCGCUGUCCCCUCUCUGUGCCGAGCUCAAAUUAAACAGCGGUGUGGAGUCCCUGAUGGCUGCCCUGGGCGUUGUGUCCCCCCAGCACCGACCGUUAACAGCGGUGACACAGCUUGGUGGCUCACAUGUCACCCUGAGGCACACAGCGUGUCACCCUGCUCCAGGGCACGCGUCUCAGUUAUUCUCAGCUCCCCAGGGGAGGGCUGAAAGCCUCAGGCAAAUCUGCACUGGUGGCACCUGCAGUGUUACCCCCUCAGCCAGGGCGUUGUCACCACAGCUGGGGGUGGGACAGAAAGGCACCGAAGGGACAGAGAGUGGCACAGAGGACAGAGCGGGACUGGGCAGAGAGUGACAGUGUCACGGCGUGAGUCAUGGUUUGAGGGGUCUGAGGGGGACAGGCAGGGGUGUGACAGUGUCCAGGGUGAUGGGGA